AUGAAGCCUGUCGUCUCUGCCUUGAACGCCUGGUCUUGGUACGCUCCCUCGUCCCAGACAGUGUCCAUCGAAAGUCCUAUCGCUCUAACCCCUCGCUUCUCGAACAGUGUCAUUAUCUCCGCUUUCGCAAUCAUCAUCCUCUCAGUCCUCGGCUCGCUGUACAGUACCUACGUAAUAUGGGUCUCAGCCGCUAACGCGAAGUUCCUAAAUAUAGAGCAACAACCACGCAUACACCGGAUCAGAAGGCGAACCCGAAGAUGGCCCUGCAGUUGCCGCCUCAUUUACACCGCUGUGAUCGUCUACGCUGUACGUCACUUGUCAUUCCCCAUCCCUAAGCCCCGACGGGGUCGUUGCAUGAGAAAGGAUCCGGUUACUGACAAUGCGCUUUCUGGAUCACAGGGCUUCUUCGUUUUCUGCGGUUUCCAGGCCUACCUUCACGUGCGAGACAGUAGGGGAGGUGCUAUAUCACUGCAUUGA